AUUAGGGGAACAAGGAGAAAACGGGCGGAAUAUUCGGUCAAUUGUCGAACAGUGCCAUUGCAGGAGGGGCUAUAAACUCUCGCAGGAGACAUCGUCUCCUCUUUCUCUCUCUUUCUCUCUCUAGAUAUAUAUACAUACAUAUAUGUUGGAUGAUGUUGAAACUGUGGAAAUGGUACCAGAGAUGCUUAGCGGUGCAUCCCGUUAAGACUCAGAUGAUCAGCUCAGGAUUGAUUUGGGGGGUCGGCGAUAUCGCGGCUCAAGCCGUCACUCAUUCUACUGCCAGGAAACGCCACCAGAUUUCUGAUGGAGAUGAAGAACUAAAGAUCAACUGGAGACGAGUGGCCACCACAAGCUUCUUUGGGUUCGGAUUUGUUGGACCAGUUGGUCACUUCUGGUAUGAAGGGUUGGAUCGGUUUAUAAAGUCUCGCCUUCAUCUGCAACCAAAAUCCCCGCGAUUUGUCGCUAGUAAAGUAGCAUUUGAUGGGAUAAUUUUUGGGCCUUUGGAUUUGCUCGUGUUUUUCACUUACAUGGGUUUUUCUACCGGAAAGAGUGCAUCUCAGGUGAAAGAAGAUGUGAAGAGAGAUUUUGUUCCAGCCUUCAUAAUGGAAGGAGGCAUUUGGCCUAUUCUUCAGGUUGCAAAUUUCAGAUAUGUUCCGGUGCGGUACCAACUUCUCUACGUGAACUUCUUCUGCUUGUUAGAUAGUUGUUUUCUGUCCUGGGUUGAGCAGCAACAGGAUGCUCCCUGGAAACAAUGGUUAAAUUCUUUUCUGGCUAUAAAGGAGGAAGGUGGAUAGCCAUUUUCUUCUCUUUCAGCCUUUUUUCUUCUUUAUUCCGAGGACUUGGCAAUCACAUUUGGGGACUGCAGCUGGGAGAAACCAUGGAAGAUUAUAGAGAAUUCGGAAUCUGCCAAGUCGGGAUUAAAAGGGUUGACAUUCUUUUCAAGGUAUCUGAUUUCGGAUUGGAGUUCAAUGAGGCAGCCAUUAGUGUACUGAACUGGUUUUGCAAUAAAGACCUUGGAGCUUUAUGCGCUCUUUGCUGUUUGAGAUAAUGCUUACCCUUUGUAUCAAGUCUAUUGGAAGUGGUCUUCAAUAUUUCCAAACUUUCUUUUCCCCAGCAAA